UAGUUGUUGCGCGCGCAGUGCACCUUAAACCGGUUAAUUGGAAAAGUAAAUGCAACGUGGGACAAGAUUUCUGCGGGCGUUUUGUCGGUUGUCUGGUGUCCACGUAAGAACUGGUUAUUGCCUGAAGGUUCAUAAGUGUUCUAUCCGUCCAUUUGACUUACGAUCUCUUCAUUUGUCAUCGAGAAACAUGGCGUACAACACGAUUGAAAGAGGUCGUCUAAAUACAACCGACUAUAGAGUAUUUAUCACCAAUGAAUGUGGUCAGCCAAUAUCGGCAUUCCAUGACAUUCCACUGUAUGCUGAUGCAGAAAAUAAAGUAUGUAACAUGAUUGUGGAAAUUCCAAGAUGGACCAACCACAAAAUGGAGAUUAGCAAGGAUGAUGAGUUGAACCCUAUAAAACAAGACGUGAAGAAAGGCAAGGUUAGAUUUGUGAAGAACUGUUUCCCACACCAUGGUUACAUCUGGAACUAUGGAGCACUCCCUCAGACAUGGGAAGAUGUUGACCAUGUAGAACCCUCCACUGGAACCAAGGGAGAUAAUGAUCCUUUAGAUGUUUGUGAAAUUGGACAGACUGUACAUAAAAGAGGAAGUGUAAUUCAGGUGAAAAUUUUAGGAGUGAUGUGCCUUGUAGAUGAAGGAGAAACAGAUUGGAAGAUUCUAUGUAUUGAUGUAAAUGAUCCUCUAGCACCACAAUUAAAUGAUGUUGAGGAUAUAGAAAGAGUUAUGCCAGGUUUUAUCAAGGCAACACGAGAAUGGUUCAUAAUUUACAAGAUUCCAGAUGGUAAACCGCCCAACAAGUUUGCUUUCAGUGGAGAAGCAAAAAAUAGAGAGUUUGCGUUGAAAGUGAUUGAGGAGACACAUGUACAGUGGCAGAAACUUGUAGGUGAUGGUGAAGCCAAGAGAGGAAGUAUGAAGUGUUUAAAUGUGUCAGUAGCUAGCAGUCCUUACAAAAUAGAACCAGAACAAACCAAAGCUAUUAUAGAACAGACUGCUGCUGUAGCCCCACCAGAUGAUCUGCCAGAAGAUGUUGACAAAUGGCACUACAUUCCAGCAUCAGCUCUAGAUAGUGAACAGGCUCAAUCGUCCCUGUGAGACGUACCAUCUACAAGUGAUUUCAUACGCAGCUACUUACAAAUCCAUACGUAUAUGAUAUAUAAUAUAGACACUAUAGAACACAAAAUUAUCAUAUAGGCCUCGAUAAUUACAUUAACUGGUAAAGGUAUCAGUGAAAAUAUUCUACAUGUAGUCCGUGAUUUUUGAUGACAGUCUACACACUGUAAUGGUAAGAAAUGUCAAAAAAUAAAAAAUGAUGAAUUUCAGGAUGAAAACUUACAUUUUAUAAGCAAGAAAAAACAUUAUUCUUGCAAAAUCUUCAUAAACGUGUUCUUGCCUUAGAGGAUGUCUGUGUUACGAUAGUUCAGUAACUACCAGGAAUAAACUAGUAAUCAAAUGUAAACUGUUUGUGUGCUUCUCUGCCUUUUGUUUUAGGUGACAUUAAUUUUUGUCAUUUUUCUCCUGUACCAAAUAAUCAGUUUAUAAGUUUGCAAUUCUGUGAUUCGGGUAGCAAGUAACUUGUUGAUUUUUAUUCAUCGGUUCAUUUGCUCAAUUUAAUAAUGAUUUUUGUACAUUUAGGAUAACAAGGUAUCUCUGUAACAUUUUGAUGCUUUUCUAUUGUAAAUUUUUGUUGAUUUUGUCUUCCAUAUUUAAAUAUUUGAAUGUGCUUUAAGGGAACAAAGUUAUUGCUUAUCAGUUUGUUAGUGAUAUAAAUGUAGGGCAGGUUAGGAUGCAUGUUUAGUAGCCUAAAAAUUCAUGAUGAAAUCUGUAAUUUGUAUUAAUGUUACCAAAUUUCCACUGUAAAAGUUUGUCUUGCGCUGUUGCGCCACUUUGCAGUGUGAACAUAGACUGUCUUUUGUAAUACAAAUUUAGGUUUGGAAAACACAUUAUCUUUGUUUUUAGCCAAAUAUUUUUUUGAUGUUUUUUAACUGUAUCUAUUUGAUGGUAAGAAGCCAAGGAUCAAAACAGAAUGCUAGUUUUCUUUGCAGACAGAAUUUGUAGAAUUUUCCGAGUAUUCAACAAAGAAAUAUUGUUGCACUUCGUUUUUGUUGAAGUUCAUUAUGAAGUUUUCUUUACAAUGUUAUUCAGUAGACAUAUAUUGCACAUUUUCUUGUAUUUGUUGUCAAGGUUACCAGUUAAGCCAGCUUUUAUGGUGCAAAAUUGGCUAUUAUUGUUUUUAAAUUAAUCUCUACUGUUUAAAGAAAAAUGCUAUGUGAAAUGUAUUCAUAAAUUAUGUACAUGCAUAUUUCUGAUUUAAGCUUCUUGUUUGAUUGCCAGAUUCUAGUAGUACACUAAAUGUAUUUAAGCAGUUUAAUGAAGUAUGUGAAUAGUUUAUAUAUUAGAAGAAGAAAAAAUAAAUGUAUGAAUUAAUCAAUCACUGUCACUGGCAGAGUGUCAAUCUCGCUUGACUUUAAAUUGCAUUUUGUUGUGAAAAAAAACCCACAAAAAACUGCUGUGGCACUUAUUUUACACUGUAUCAGAUAGUCAUUGAAUGACCACUGUUGAUAUCUAUAGUAGUUCAAAGUUUCGCAGAUUCUGUUACCAACUAUGAUAGUAAAGUAAGAAAUAUCUCAGUAAUUUAAAGAAUUUUUUGAGAACAGGGUUUACAUUAAAUUUACAAUUAUUGUAUAUGUUUUUCAUCAAUAAAAUCUAUAUUUUUUUAAAAGAAUUUGAAUAAUUAUGUAAUCUGUGUAGCCUCUAGGGGAUUUGACUAUUAAUUUGAAAACUGCAGUUUAAGUUUUUGUUUUAUGUUGUAUGGUUGGUUUACUUAUUGUUAUGGAAUAAACAUCAGUGACAAGGCCUAUAAUUGUUAUACAAUUGUAAAAUCAUGUUGUCCGAAUUUGCUCCGAGAAAGAUCACCCACCAGUUUAACAGUAAAUUCAUAGUCUGUUAAUAUAAAAAAUAAAAGUACACAAAUACA